CACAUAUUUGAGCGGGUAGAUCAUCCCUUAGGAGUAUUCUGUUUAAUAACCUGCUGGAAGGGAUCCAAUCAGAACUUGGUUUGCUGCUAUGUAACUCAGUGCAGGCUGUGGAAAGUACUUUGAUAUUGUUUAGAUUUUAUUUAAAUUACUUUUUAUAUAGUGUAUAAAAAUAUCAUCACUGUGCAGAGUAUUGCCCGCCUUUGGAUCUGAGCCAAGAGUGUUUUUUUUCAUUUUCAUUCUCCGUUUCCUUCCACCCGCCGUAUUAGAGCAGCGUGAUCAUCAUUCAGGGUACGAAUUGACUCUAGAGGCAGGCCUAGUGUGUCUUAUAUGUGGGCUCUGCAUCUGUACCAGCUUUUGUUUUAUUUUGAUCAAGGAGGGAAAGAGAUUUCUAUUGCACAUUGGACGUUGCUUUCCUGCGACUUACUCUUCUGCAGAAAAAUAACGAUGAGUGACACAGGUGCAAAAUCCAGCCAACCUUUAGCAGUAAAGCAGGAGAAGGAUGUAACACCAAAGAGAGGACGCGGCAGACCCAGAAAGCAAACCCAAGAACCAACAGGGGCUCCUGUUCCAAAGCGUUCACGUGGAAGACCAAGAGGAAGUAAAAAUAAGGUUUCUUCUUCUAAAUCUGGCAGUAAAUCUGGUGGUGAUGAAGAAGGAACAAAGCCCAGAGGUAGACCUAAAAAACUGAAAGCUGAACCUACAGGAACAAAAAAGCCCAGAGGUAGACCAAGCAAAAGGGAAAAGGUAGAGCAAGAAGAAGAGCAUGCUUCUCAAGAAUCUUCAGAAGAACAAUAAAUCUGUAAGAUUUUCACUACCUCAUCCAACAGUUGGCUCCUGUCAAUACCUGGACCACAAACCCUAUCACACUGAUUUCAUUAUAGUCUUAACAGGGAACUACCAACAGCACUGGAACACUACACUACAUUUUUAAAUACAGAUCAAGGUAUUUCAAAGAAAAUGACAUUUAACGAAGGGCAGUGUAAACAAUUGAAUUCAUUAUGUCAUGUUUUGUCAUUCUGGUAAGUUUCUAAGCAUUGGCCUUCAAGUUAAACCAGUUAAGAGGUUGAUGCUAAUGAACAUUUUAGUGCCAAGAAAUAAAAUAAAACAAGCAAGGGUCUGUUCUGUUGUUGAUUAUUCGUGUAGAAAAUGUAUAUCACAUGUUGGAGGUGUUAGCCCUUGGCAAACAUGAAGAUAUGUACAAUGGUUGUCACAAUAGACAGCAGAGAGCAGCUCUUCAUGCCUGCAUUUGUAGUAGAAUUCCAGCCCAGCUGGAUUAUAGAACAGCCGUUUCCUACAAGUCAAAACGGCUAACACAUUCAUAGCUACAUAACCAUCCAUUUUAUGCAUUUCUUUUGUGAGUCAUUUUAUUUUUGUUUUCAGCAUGGCUUAGAAUUGUGUAGAUGAACCUAUGUUAGUCUAUGAAAUAGAUUAUGAAUCAUACUUUGUAGCCAUACUUCCAAGUGGAAGAGAAUUCUUUAGGCUUUAUAGUUAACUUUGCCUGGAGCUAAUCAUGUUUAUAGUAUUAAUAACUUUUGCAUUAUGUAUACCAUGCUUCAUGUGACAUGCAAAUGCAUUUUAAGUAAUAUGUGAAGCUAAGAGUGACAUUUCAUUUACAUGAAUCUUAGCCCUGUUAUUCUUUCUGUAUUCCAAAUGCAUACACUGCUUUCCAUAAAAUUAAGCAGAAAAAACUUUUUAUUCAAGGAAAGACAUUUGACUGUUUAAUCUCUGAAUUGGAGACUAUAAUUUGGUUUGUUGGUGAACACAAACACAGGAGUGAAAUUAACUAUUGACAGUGAAGGAGCAUUUUGUAACCAGGCAGAGAUUAUUUGUCCCCUGUUGUAUUGAACUUGAAUCCAGAAGCAAUUUUAGGUCAAAUGAGGUAAAACGUUUCAUUUCAAUAUGACAGUAAAAGUUUAAAGGCUCAGGAAAUCCAUAAGAUUUGGAAACCUGUCCAUUUAAUAAGAAUUCUACGUCUGAACUAUUAUUUUAAAAUUCUACAUGGGCAAUGUUACUUUCUACAUUAAACUUAUAGUAAUUACAUAUGCAAAAGAAUUUUUUGUCCUCUUGGAGCAUUUACACCAGCAGUUGUGCUUGUCAUCUUGUAAUUUAACUGAGUUCACUAUGCCACUGAUCAAUAAUGUGUUUAAAUACACAAAAUUAAACUAGGAACCAUUGACCUGGUUAAAUGAAUGACUACAAUAGCUGAAUUUAUUUGAGUCCAUUCAGUUGAUUUUGCUAAUAUAGAGAUUUAUAUUCUGGCAAUACAGAUUAAUUAUUUUUUAUUGCUAUUCAAGUAAGAGAGUAUUCUUUAGCUGGACUAUACCGACUAAUUAACAAAUUGCACAUAUAUAUGUACCAAUGAAAUCCUCUAAAAUUCAGUGGAUACUCAAGAGGAGAGAUUUUUAAGAUGCUGCCAGUUAAGCCAUGUUGAAACAGAUAUUGGAUUAAGACUUGAGGGAUAAAAGUGUACUGAAAGAUAGAAAUUAUUCAUUUUUACUUUUGCAUGUUAAGUUCCUAGUUUAUGACAUGCUGAACUUUGAAAGUAACUAUAUAGAGAGUGAUGAUAAAAUAACAUUAAUGACAUUUAGAAUAUAAUAAUUGAGGUAUUACUUGCAAAUAUAAUGCUUCAUAUGAUACCUUAUUAUUUAGAUUGUAAUACCUCUUACCAACUGCAAACAUUUAAUCAAUACUGCUUUACUAUAACAAACACCAAGUGCUAGAGUUAAGCUAUAAUUAUAAGUUGCAGAGGCAUUAUUUGCUUGUUUAAUCAAUUUAUUCAGAUAAUGCAUAAGCAUUGCUUAAAGUUAAAUUUAGAAAGGACCAAGUUAACUAGUGUUUGUUAGUCUGUUUUCUGGAUUUCACGUUCUGAGUAAAGCUUUAACCAUCCACAUUGUUUUAGGGAAGAGGACAUUAUAAAUUUAUUAGAGGAAUAAUUUUCAUUUGCUGGGUUUUGAAUAUCAUUGAUUAUUAUUCUAAUGCAGAAUUGUGAGAUCUAUCAAUUCUCGAGUGCCACUUUGUGCCACUUGAGAAUCUGAAGCACAACAAUUUUGACUGAAGCUCUAGUGCAUAACUGUAAGUUUGCUACACUGUCAGAGGAUACUGUCUUUUCAGUUAGCCAGUAAACUGAAGCCCAGUCAAUACAUUUGGCUAGAUGUUAAGAUAAUUCCAUGGCCCUAUUUUGAAGAGAAUAGGGGAGGUUUCUUCCCUCAGUUGCCCAAAACUUUGCCCCAUCAACAUCAGUGAAGCAGAUGAGGUGCGAUUGUGGGAUUUGACUGUGUACAAAUUGACAGCUGAGUUUCCUGUAUUAUGAUAAUUGAUUGCCUGUAAAGUUAAUUUACAAUGUGACAUACUGAAAGGCUUUAUUAAAUGUGUAACUUCUAAUUUGGAAUAGCACACAUAUGAUUACUGAAUUAUUAUACAGAUAAAUUCACUGGUUUUGCAGUUUCAUUAAUAGACUAUUUAAUACCCUGCCAUUUUAAUUUGCGUCUUAUAUUAAAUGUUAUUGAAAUUUAGAUUUAACCUGCUAGCUAAUAUGGACAAGAUAAACGUUGUAUAAUAAAAGUGCUCUUUCAUGGCCUCCUGUGACUUUAGGUAUCAGAAUUUUGAGUCUAUGAAAUCCUCUUUCACAAAGUGCUCAGGCUGCUCAACUAAACAAAAUGAAUUUUUAUGUUGUUUGACCAUGAACAAAUACAGAAAUCUUUUAUGUAUUGAACAAAAUGGCUGCCAAAUUAUAGUAUGCCUCUUUAAUUGUUGUGUUUAUCCUAGAUAUUUAAUUGAAAACUGGCUUGAAGUAAAUUUGAGUUGGAGAAAGGACAAUUAAAAGACUGUUUAAAGUUAUGAAAUACCCAGUUUAUGGAUAAGUAAAUGAGAUAUUUCUUAAAUGUCAAUAGAUAUAAUGAGGCAAAACUCAAUAAUGGUAACUUGUUAAUCCAUGUUCUUAAAUAUUUCUGUUGAAGUACUGGUAAAGUACAACUUUCUUUACUACUUAUGAAUGAAAUCUGCUUGUAAAGAUUUUUCAGCAGGAGUCAGUUCAUUACUCAGAUUUCACAUUAUUUUGCAGUAUUAGUACUGUGCUGAACAGAUGCAACUUUGGUUUCCGUAUUCAUAACUACCUCUUUUUAGUUUCAUAUUUUCUCAGUUGCUGCUGUACACAAAAUACAAUUCAUCUGUGCAUCUCCUUAACCACUGAUUAACUAUGGUGAAUAAAGUAUCUGAAUUUAUUGCUGCAGGUUUCAUGUAUAACUCACAUUGCGAGAAAAAAAUGUAAAGAUUUGAGUUUGCUGCUUAUUACAUUGCAAAAAAAAACAGUAAGUUGGUAAAAAGGGAAGAAAGGAUUUGCAUUGUUAAUGUUAGUUAUUUAAGAAAACAUUCAAGAUAUGAAUUUGCAAUCUCUUUCAGACUUUGAAGCCACAGAAAAGAUUGUCACAAGACAUGUUGAGAGCUAUAAUGCUUGAAUUUCAUAACUAAAUUCAAAUUAAUAGAUUAUAAAAUGGCAUCUGUUACGAAAACAUUUAAUGGUGUACCUGUGUUGUAUCAUUCCCAAAAUAGUUAAUUUUUAUGUAAAACUGAUUGCUAGACAACCAUCUUCAUGUUAAACCCAUCCCCCUCAAGUAGGCGGAUCUUGGAGCCACUAAAAGUAGUAAUUUGAGCACUGUUUCACAAUAUUUAGAAUAUAUUUUAAACAUUUUUUUCUAAAUUUAAUUCUUUACUAAUAAAUUUGGAAAAAUGUUUGGAAUAUUUAUUUUAAAUUACAAAUCAUGAAUGUAAAUAAUUGUGUCUGGGCUUCUUUCAUAGUGUGUAAUCUACAUUUUAUAGCUGCCAACUGCUCUUUAGUUCUACAGUAUACCUUGUUGGAUAUGCGGCCUCUUUAAGCCUGAUCUCAUUAUUCUGCUCAUAGAGGCCAUUCUUUGAUCAGACACAAUAUUGUUAUUUCAGUGCUGCAUAGUACAAGGAGAGGCACAAACCUGGAUUCCAGUCACCAUUUGGGGGUUCAGUGAUGUUAAGGAAAGAAAUACCAGACUGAAAAUGGAAAAAAUACUACCUAUUGUGUAGAUUUCUUUCUGUGGACAUGAGUUCUUGUAAGCUACCCUAUGUCCAUGCCACUUCACCAUAUCCUUAAUAGAAAGAGUACAUCAUCUUUUUUAAUAAUAAUAAUUAUUGUCAAUGAACACAAACCCAAUUCCCACAUUAAUGGGGAAAUACUUGCAUUGUUUUGUAUCCAUGAUCAUUGCUGUGAUGCAAAUGCAUACAACCCAUAUAAGAUAAAUAGAACACUGCAUUAAACACAAAGUACACUGCAGGUGCUGUGGUCAAAUCAACACAUACAUAAGCUGGAUGAACUCGGCACGUUCCGAAACGUUGACUGCUCAUUUCAACGGAUGCUGCCGACCUGCUGAGUUCACCCAGCUUGUGUAUGUGUUGAACACUGCAUUGAGACUGUAGCUGUGGAGGAAAAUGUUCUUGUGCAAUCUGUGGAAGUAAAUUGCAAACAUGUUUAUACAGACUUUUAUAAUUUUGUUGCACCAAACAUUAAGAGACUAAUUCUCCUUCCUUCCAACACUGCCAAACCAAUGAGUUCAGUGCCAAGAUAGACAAUCUCUGUUCUGGUGGGCACCUGGAUUAUACUGCAGCAUCACUGAUCGUACAUGUGUUUUAUACUGCAAGGAACUGGACUGACAGGUAUCAGAUAUGUUUUACAAUUUUACCAACUCACUGUUUAGAAAUUGAAAUUCAUGAUGUUAGCUGUUUUACAAAUUGGUGGAAAUUUGAAUACAAGUGAAGAGCUGAUUACUAUAUUGAAAUAAAAGAUGUUAAUGAAACUACAGAAGAGAAAAUCACUUGUUAUGCAAAGGAGAUGAAGCACAGAUUUGGAUUGUACCUCAGUUAAAUAAAAAUCCUGGUUAUGUUCAAGGCAAAUCACAGAAUGCCUACCUCAGGACAAAUGUUGGUGAACCUGCUGACUUAAUACAUGCAUAGUUUAGAAAGUUUUACUGAAAUCUCAUAUUUGCUAAACGAUGUAAAGAGAAAAUGUGGAAACAUUUUAUAUUCAUGAUUGAAACUUGAAGCAGUGAUUGUGAAAAAUCUAAAUAAAUGUGUGUGAUUAAGGGCACAACAGUUAUACAAUGUUAUAGUUUAAUAUUUUCCCAUCAGAAGUGUUUUGCAUUCCAGCCAUUUUUAAAAAAUCUAAUCUCUUGGCACUUUGGGAGUUUGGUACUUUAACAUGUUUACUGAUCAAUAAAAUGUGGCAGAUGAUUUGUACGUGAAUGCCUUAGUUGUGUUUAAUUGCUUACAUUGAGAUUUUAUUUUUUGAAUGAUGUUUGGUGCAACAAUAAAAACAAUGAUUAUUCAAACUUGUAUUAUUGUGUGCCCUUUUAAACCAAAAUUGUGCUUCUGUGCUGCCAUCUGCUGGAUUCCUCAUGACAUUACAUGCUCCUUUCAAAACACAAAAAUUCACUUAAAAAAUUCGUAACUAAUACAUAAUGUUACAGAACUGAGUACAGUUUUAUGUGCUAAGU